AUGCAAAGUGAAAUCAUCGAUCUAAGGAUCCGUCGAGAUGCAGCCCUAAAGCAGGUAUGGGGGCUCCCAGCUAUCAGUCCAGGCUUGGCUAGGGUUCUGUCGAACGGCGAAUUAGAGCGAUCCAAUCGUAGGACUACACUUCAAGCUAUGUUAGAGAUUCCUACUAGCGAUGUUCUCUGCGCAAAAAAGGGGCCAAGCGAGUCCCGCCCAAGCACAACUGCUGACAUAACCCCGAGUACGCCACGUGACUCUGCGCUUUCCCCGAAGCAGCCGCCCUGGGGUGCUCAGGUGCAUCCUCAUCGCCAAUACCAACCGUCCUCUCUGCUUUCUUUCGACCUCCAUCUCGACUUCACAAAGUUUCAUCCAGCUCUCCCCCAACUCAUCCCAGCUUAA